ACUUUGAGGCCACUCCCAUUUAUCCUAUUCCAACUUUUGCUCGAGCUUUUGGGUCAUAAAGGAAUUGAAAGAGAGAGUGCGAGAGAUGUGGGUCAAGCCUCAGGAGAUAUUGAUCAGUGGAAACCCUCUUUGGGUGAAUGAGAAGACUAACUUGUUCUUUACUCUUCAAAUCAGGAGAGGACACGGAGAAGCUGCUAAAGGAUUGGCCGCUAGAUUUAUUGGAACCUUUGAUAGCAUCAGAGACUCAAAGCCGCACCCAUAUAGGAUACUAUUACACCAUGACAGCACUGAUUUUAGCUAUAUUAUUUCAUUAUGUGGGACACAAGAGGAAGUUAAUGAGGACUGGGAAUAUGUUACCAACAGUGUUCUCCCCAUACUAAUGACUUUCGAUGAUCCUUCUCAAGCUCUUGAAUUUGCUCAAGCUAAAGUUGAAGGACUUGUAGCCUACUGUUCUGAAUCAAGCGAAGAGGGAAAGAUAGAUCCUGAGGCUCUAAAGUUUCGUGAUGUUGAGAGAAGAUUUGUCAAACAGUUUGAAAUGCCACAAGAAGAGAAGCUAGUCAAUUAUUAUGCCUGCAGCUAUUGGAAAGGUAAUUUCCCACGUCAGGGCUGGCUGUACCUCUCCAUUAAUCAUUUGUGUUUCUAUUCGUUUCUGAUGGGCUCAGUCACCACGGUCAUCAUCAGGUGGAGCGAAGUCAAGGACAUAACUCGUAAAUCCAUUAAAUUGGGGGAAGCUAUCAUAGUUGAGAAUGACAGAAACAAGGAACACUAUUUCAGCAUGUUUGUUAAUAUCAGCGAGACACACUCACUGAUGGAGCAACUGGCUCAAGUAGCCAUCACUGAGAUAUUACAUGGUUCGAUGAGUGACUCACACGAGUCUUUAUUGACCUCGCUAAGAGAAGCAAGGGAAGCCAAAGCCUCUCUGAGCAGGAUACUGGACUCAAGAAAAACUAACGAAGAAGUCUGUUCGUUAUUUCGGUUGCCGGUUUCAGAGAAGUUGGACGGUUCAUGCGAUUGCUCCGUUUGGAGUACAUCGGCGAGGACACUGGUCUAUGGAACGCUGUACGUGUUCAAUAAGUACAUCUGCUUCUCUAGCAAAAUACACGACCUCCUGUGGCUGGUGAUUCCAAUUAGGGACAUUGAGCAAAUUGAAGAAAUUCCUGACGGGGGAACAAUCACCUCUGGAAUACUCAUUGCUACCUAUUCAAAAAACACUUUGAUGUUUGCUUCCAUUGAAGAUAGACAUGUCCUCAUUCACAGAGUAAACACUUUUAGGAACAAGAUAGCCAAAGACUCAGGAAAUUCCAGAGUGACCCUCACUCCUUUAACAGAAGCAUUGAAGAGUUUUGAGUCGGGCCCCCUCUCUCCUCAUUAUGAAGCAAAGCAGAAAGUGAGGGAGAACCUUUGGGAAAUGUAUUUUACUGAUAAUGGCCGUGGUGUGUCUAUGUUACGUACCAGUGAUUUGGUAGACUUAUGCUUAAAGAGGAUCCCUGAUAAGUAUCGUAUUGACAUGUGGAUGGUGUACUCCGGAGCCCUUGAUCUACAAGAGUCUAACCCUGGGCUUUAUGCUGAGCUGGUAGAAAAGGCGGGGAAGGUCAAGUGUUUGUCUUUUGAAGAGAUUGAAAGAGAUUUAAACAGGUCACUGCCAGAGCACCCCGCCUAUCAAUCAGAGACUGGCAUAUCAGCUUUAAGGAGAGUACUCCAGGCAUACGCAUUGAGAAACCCUGCCGUGGGUUAUUGUCAAGCAAUGAAUAUCAUUACUUCUGUGUUUUUGCUCCACGGAAAUGAGGAGCAGGCAUUUUGGUUACUCUCAACGUGUUGUGAGGUCUUAUUGCCGGAGUAUUACAAUGCUAGAGUAGUGGGGGCACAGAUUGAUAGUGAGGUUUUCUCGAGAUUAUGCAGGCAGCACCUCCCCCAGCUACACGAGCACCUGAUCCAAAUCCAGAUCCUAACGAUGCUCUCAGUGAACUGGUUCCUUACUCUAUACAUCACUGUGCUCAAUCAUAAUGACGUCAUUGGUAUCAUUGACUGUUUCUUUAUCAGCGGAUCUAAGGUUUUGUUCCAAGUCGGUUUGGCCAUUCUAAAGUACAAUGAGACUCAUUUGCUGGCGGCUAAAGAUGAAACUGAGAUAAUGACAAUACUCUCGGAUUUCUUGGCAAGAGUUGGUCAGAAACCUCACCAAAACGACAAGAAUAUAAGAGGCCCUGAAGACUCACCACAAAAAGCUGCUCCUGUUACAGUGAGUGAGAUCAUUAACCACGCCCACCAAACCUACGGCUUUAUCACUAACAAGGAGAUCAACAAUAACAGAAACUCAGCAAGACUAACAGUGGGACAGAAUUUAAUAGAUACAAGCAAGAAAACUUUACUUCGGUCUGCAAUGGAGGACAGCAAGUUCUCUCGUGCUGAACUUGAGCAGCUCUACCACUGGUUCCAAGAAGGACAUAGACAAGCCUCAUACUGGGGUUCUAAUUCAGCUUACCAGCUGGUCCGUGCUUCAUCAGAGAAGCAAGAGCCUACGAUGGAUAGGGAGAGAUUCGGAAUGCUCUUUCAAUAUUUGUCUCCCAUGAGUUUCGGGGAUCACAUUAACGUUAUUUCCGAUAGAGUUUUCAAUUUAUUGGAUGUCACUGGCUCUGGUCAGAUGAACUUUCAUGAUUUUUGUUUGUUAUUCUCGACAAUGGGUAAAGCCCCUCUCCAAGAGAGACUGAAACUCCUUUACUGUCUCCACUCUCGGGAACUACUAGUCCAUGAUAGAAAGGGUUCUAAUGGUGAAGGAGGGAAAAUAUCUCCACUUUCAGCUGAAUUUGUUCCUCCUGAACUGAACCAGGACGAGUUUGUUCAGUUAAGCAAGACACUCUACAGCUUGUUGCAGGAUUCUGCUAAUGAAGAAGGACUGUUCAAGGCAAUGAGUAGUGUCGCUUACGCCAUUGUUGAACUAGGAACUAGAAAUGGAAAAGAAAGAGAGAAAGAAAAGAGAGAGGGAGAAAGAGAAGAGAAGGAACAGCCGGAAGAGGAGGAGGAAGGAGAGAGAGAGAACAAAGAAAGAAGCAUAAAAGAAGAAUUAAAUAUUUCGAAUGGCUCUGUCAUGCCUUCCAUGUCUCCUCCCAUAACUCCACCCACUGAUACUAAUGGAGUCCAUUCAAACGAGAAUGAGGAGGGAGAGUUUUGGUACAUAACUUUAGAGGAUUUCAUUAGUAGCAUACAGAGGGAGACGGAAUUGUGCCAAUUUUUUGCCGAGCAGUAUAUCUUAGAUUUGAAGGGGUCCAGCGUUGAUCCAAUUUUGAAUACGUACACGAGAACCUUUGUCAACAGCAGAUAAAGCUCUGUAUUUUUUAGAUUAUAUUCUGGGAAAUUCGUACUAUAAUAUUGACUGUCAAUUUGUCUUUAUACAUAAUAAUUUAUUAUAGCCCAAUUUAUUAUUAACAUUUUUAUCUAAAUUUAAUUAUCAGUUAUUGUUAUCUCGUGGGAAAAAAUUUUAACAGGCCUUUAUGGAAUAAUAA